AUGGAGUACGAAAACGACCAGCGCACCUACGACGACGAGCCUCGUGGCUAUGAGCGCGAUCGCAGCAGGUCGCCGCGCGGUGAGCGUCGCGAUGUCGACAACUCGCGCGCCCGCAGCGCCUCUCCCAAUGACCGUGACAGCCGGGGCCCGCCACCGCAGUCGCGCGAGACGGACGAGAGCCGCAACGAGGGCUCCAACCUGUUCGUCACGGGCAUCCACCCCAGCCUGAGCGAGGAGGAGGUCACGCGUCUCUUUGAGAAGUACGGCGAGGUCGAGCAGUGCAACAUCAUGCGCGACCCUCACACCAAGGAGUCUCGCGGCUUUGGAUUCGUCAAGAUGGUCACCUCGGACCAAGCUGACGCUGCCAAGGAGGGCCUCCAAGGUGAAGUGCACCAGGGCAGGACGCUGAGCAUCGAGAAGGCACGCCGUGCGCGUCCGCGCACUCCUACUCCGGGCAAGUACUAUGGCCCACCCAAGCGCGAGUUCAACGGAGGAGGACGUGGUCGCGGUGGCCCUCGCUACGGUGACCGCUACGGCUCUGAUGAUCGCCGUGGUGGCGGCGGCUAUGGACGUCGCGAUGACUAUGGCUCUCGCAGCUCUCGGUACGACGACCGUGGCUAUGGCGGCGGAGGAGGCAGCAGCAGCGGUGGCUACGGCGGCUCGCGUCGAGACGAUUACGGCCCGCGCUCGGUCGACCGUUACGCUUCAGACCGAAGCUACGGUGGAAGGGAUGGCGGCCGAGAGGAGCGCCGUGGCGGCGGCGGUGGAGGUUACUACGACCGACCCCCGCCCCCUGCUACUGGUGGCUCGGGUGGGUACAGCGAUGCUGCUCCUCGUGAAGCGUACAGCGGCGGUCGCUCGUACGACGGUGACUACGAUCACUCUUCCCGUUAG